ACAGCUAUCGUACGGUCAAAACUCAAACACAAUCGGCUAUUAGAUCUAGAUCUACAUUUGAUUUGUUGAUUGCACUGACUAUUUUUAGCUUGUGAUUUUGAAAUGUCAACUGUUGUGUUGUUCUUUAGUUAUAGGCCAUACGUGUUUGGGAUUUGAAUCAGGAAAUCUAAAAUCAUCACAAAGAACUCUAUUGAAAUCUUCAAAAUGCCCACGACACUAUACAAGUGUUUUCACCGAGAUCCAGAAAAGAGAGACAACAAAUGCAUCAAAGCAACGUGUGGAUUAUCAACUGUUUCCAUUUUCUUUGCGGUUGGCACUCUGAUUUUCACAAUUGUUAUCUCUAUACAAAGGAAUGAAGAAAACACUGCUCUAGUAGACCGCGAGGUUUGCAUUGAAAGGAGUGCAUUUGGUGCGCAUAAUUUUGAGACACAGAUCAAAACACGAGACAUAGACGGUGUUGUGAAAGUCUGUUUUCCCAACAAUCAAGAGUUGAUCAAAGAAGUUGAAAACGCAAGAGCAAGUCAAGCAAUAAAGAUCCAGUACGCUCCUAGCCAAACGUCCGUGGCUGCACAUCGGUAUUUCCAUAGUGCAGAUAAACCUACUAUUUGCCCAGAAGGAAAUAAACAGUGCAAUUAUACACUGACCUUUGACCCAGUGAAUCUUGACCCAACGAAAGAAAUUUCUCACCUGAAUGUCAGUGUGCAGCGCGACAGCAUGGAGAUUGUAUACACAGGCAUGUACUAUGUAUACAGCAACUUUAAUUUUAUGGACAAAAGCAGCAGUGAAACACGGGACUGUCACACUAAGACACGCCAUCACUAUGUGCAUAAAACCAACAGAAUCAGCUCACACGUCUUGUUAAAAACUCAUCACACUGUGUGUGACGAUUCAGAAUAUCAGGAGACCGCUUUCACAGGCGGCGUGUUUUACUUGGUGACUGGAGACAAGCUACAGGUGACGGCCUCCAUGAAAAACGUGAGCGACUUUGGUAAGGAGACAUCAUACCUCGGCGUGGUCCUCUUGAACAACGUCGGUUAAACCAAUGACGUCAACGAGUUCGAUAGUUAACGUAUUUUCUAUAAACUCUCAACGAGUUCGAUAGUUAACGUAUUUUCUAAUAUCUCCAGACUGACUUUUAUAUCUAUGUGACUAAGUUAGGCAACUGAUCUAAUUUAUUUUAUAUUUGACACUUAAAACAGUUUCAUUUAGCUGAUAUUUAUCAAGUAAGACAAAAAAAUUGCUUGAAAUUUAAAAAUGAAACACAAAUAUAAUUUUGUUGUACCUAGUAUGUUCAACACAUUUUUAUAAAUUUGUUUUAACUGUACAUUUUAAAUUUUAUUUUAACAUUGUAUGUAGUAUAUAUAUAUA